GUUUUUGUUACGAAAUCUUUUAGCCGCCUAUUUCAUCUGUCUCCUCGAAUUCGGUGUUUGACCUUGCACACGCUUCUCUACUGUGCUCGCCCUACAGUUACCAUUUUUGAACUGAAGUUGUUAUUGCAAUUCCACAUCAUAAUACACCAGUCAAAUAAUUCGCUUAUGAUAGGGACAAAAUUUCGCACUCUCUUUCCCUACCAUACAUAUACAUACACACCACUCUCUUUCCCUACCAUACAUAUACAUACACACCACUCUCACAUAGACAUAGUCCACCACAAAUCUCUCGCCUAUGCAAAGAUGUCUCUUCCCUAAUUCUUAAUUAUACGUUUUUAUCGAUUUGAGUUUUUGUACUUUACUCAUUCGGUACUUUCGCCUAUCACAAGAUCCUCCAAAUUUUCAAGAGGGUUUUCGGGCGGGCUUGGAAAUCGAUUGGACAUGGCUGUGAUGGAGGAUGUUGGAGUUGAUAUCAGUUCGGAUAUUGAAGUUGAUGAGAUGAGAGGUCACGGUAAUAUAGAGGAGAAAGAUGUCAGUGAUGAAGAGAUUGAAGCGGAGGAAUUGGAGAAGCGAAUGUGGAAGGAUCGUGUGAGACUGAAGAGGAUCAAGGAAAGACAGAAGCUUGCAGAGAAACAGAAGGCUAUAUCCACUACAGACCAGGCACGUCGGAAGAAGAUGGCACGAGCACAAGAUGGCAUCUUGAAGUACAUGCUAAAGCUCAUGGAAGUCUGCAAGGCUCGUGGGUUCGUGUAUGGCAUUAUCCCUGAGAAGGGUAAGCCUGUUAGUGGCGCAUCAGAUAAUAUACGAGAAUGGUGGAAAGAAAAAGUGAAGUUUGACAAAAAUGCCCCUGCAGCUAUUGCUAAGUAUGAGGCCGAAUGCCUUUCUAGGGAAGAUGGGGUAGGUAAUCACCAUGGCAAUUCACGGUGUGUCCUUCAAGACUUACAAGAUGCUACGCUGGGGUCACUUCUGUCGUCCCUGAUGCAACACUGUGAUCCACCUCAGCGGAAGUAUCCGUUGGAGAAGGGCAUCUCACCACCAUGGUGGCCGACAGGGAAUGAGGAAUGGUGGAUGAGAUUGAGUUUACCCAAGGGUGUGAUUCCUCCAUAUAAAAAGCCACAUGAUUUGAAGAAGAUGUGGAAAGUUGGGGUGCUAACUGCUGUUAUAAAGCAUAUGUCACCUGAUAUUGCAAAGAUUAGAAAACUAAUUAGGCAGUCAAAGUGUUUACAGGAUAAGAUGACUGCUAAAGAAAGCUCAAUAUGGUUGGGAGUUUUGAGCAGGGAGGAAGCUCUUAUUCGGCAGCCAAGCAGUGAUAAUGGUUCAUCUGGUAUUACUGAGGCACGCUUGAAAGGUCGUGGAUAUAAGAAGAGACCUUCUGUUGAGAGCGAUAGUGAUUAUGAUGUUGAUGGUGUUGAUAAUGGCCUUGGAUCUGUUUCAUCUAAAGAUGAUAGAAAUCAGUCUCUGGCUGGAGUACCUGUUGAGACUCGGGUUCAGGCUGAAAAAAAACUAGGCAAAAAUAAAAAACAUGUUGUUGGUCGCCAAAGGAAAAGACUGAAAUCAAGCGCUGAUAACCUUCAGGCUAUUCCUUCUCUCAACGAAAGUCAAGAUGUUCAUGAGGACAUGGUGAUUUGUGUAAACAAUGAUAACACACAGUUAAAUGGAUACCUGGCUGUUGAGAGCCAGCCAGAAUUGAAUGGGUUAACUACUCUUAUGCCUCAAGAGAACAAUGCGGAAAAACAAAGCUGCACAGUAGAACCUAAUUCUAACUACCUUAGCUUCUUGCAACCUUCAAAUUCUGUCCCAAUUAGGUCUCUGACCCCAGAUAAUGAACAGUUUCCAUAUACUAUGGAUCAAAGUGCUGACCUAAUGCGGCAGGGUCCCCAUGUGAUUCAAAAUCCUCAAGAUACUCGGUUGCAUAAUAAGCCUCAAAUUCCUGAAGUACAUGACGAAAGGCAAAGUUCUGUGUUAAGACAUGGAGUUCAAGACCCUGGUUUAGGUAAAGGACCACAAAAUUCUGUAUGGAAACAUGGAGGUCAAGUUUCAACUCUGCCUGAGGGAUCUCAAACUCGUAGCCUUCAUCACGGGUUAACUUAUCAUCAGCAUUUCUAUAACCCAACAACUGCAGCUGGUUCAAGCCAUCAGGAGCUGCAGUCUGAAGCAUCAUUCAUUGAGCUGCAGUAUAAAGUAGAGGAUUCCAGACUCCAUUUACCUAGAAAUGAUAAUGAUAUAGCUGGAGGAGGUUUCCAAGAAUUUGUGAAAGAUGCGUUCCCACAUGAGCCAGAAAGGAACGUGGUGGGUGCACAGUUUCCAUCUCCUCUCAGUAGUUUGACUCCUGAUUUACCAGGAUACAGUCCCUUUAGUCUUCAAUUUGAUGGCACAAGUUCAUUAGACACUGGUGACUUUGAGUUUGGUAUUGAUGUUGAUACGGUUGAUGACAAUAACCUUGCUGAACUGAUGAAGUACUUCGCCUCAUAAGCUGUUGCGAUACAGGUAUUAAUUAAUGUAUUUCACUGCUGAAAGCACAUAUGUUUAGAUCUUGUACAUAGUUUCUUUGUGAUAACAAUUCUGGAGGUUCAAGAAUAAUGAUUUUUCAUCAUUAUUCUUUUGGCAGUAGUUGUUGUAGACAGACUCAUGGUUGUUAGGUGUACACAAGCUUACUUUUUAUUUUCGUUCAAAUCAGUAUAAGGUCACUGAAAGUCGGCGCAAUUUUGUUAAUCUUGAGAUGUUUUUUGAUUAA